UUAAUUUUUAUUUAAUAUCUUCAUGGCAUAUGGUUUGAGUUCGUAUUGAAUUAAUGGUUGUGCUUCGACGUUUCACGUGGGCUCACGAUUUAUUACAGCAAUUCAAACGUCAGCGCCACUAUUGGAAAAAUAUGGAAUCUACACUAUUAGAACCGCCAGCGAGCGUGCGUGGUAUGCUUGACUUGAAGCGUGAUGCCUUCAAAAAGCCUGUACAAUUACCACGUUUACGAGUGCCAGAAACGGAAUCAAAUAAGGUAUUACCACUGGUUAAAAAGUUGCUGCUGAAGAUGGAGAAGUUGCGACCGGUACGCGUGUUAGAGAAAACUGGGCAAGAAGGAGUAGAAACACCACCAAUGCGCGAAAUACUGCUUCACCCAUCAGCGGUGAAAUCGUGGGAUUGCUUACCAACUACAGAACUUUUAAAACUAAAAGUCGAACCUAACAAUUUUUAUUACAACGAAUUGGAACUUAACUAUGAUAAUUGGCGGGCGGAUGAAAUUUUUAAGAGCGUAUUGCCCGCAGAUGAUGAGGGGCUCACAUCUUACUCGCGUAUUGGACAUAUAGUGCAUUUAAAUUUAAGAGAUCACUUAUUGCCUUACAAAAACCUAAUCGGUCAAGUCUUAUUAGAUAAAGUGCCCGGUUGUCGUACGGUCGUAAAUAAGGCAGCAACAAUUGAUAAUACAUAUCGAAAUUUUCAGUUGGAACUAAUUUGUGGUGAAUCGCAAUAUCAAGUGGAGACUAAAGAAAAUGGCGUUUUAUUUGAGUUUGACUUUUCGCGCGUCUAUUGGAAUCCACGCUUAUCCACAGAGCAUGAAAGAAUCACUAAAAUGCUUAAUGCAAAUGAUGUGCUCUACGAUGUUUUUGCUGGUGUUGGGCCAUUUAGUGUGCCGGCUGCACGUAAAAAAUGCUGGGUACUAGCAAAUGAUUUAAACCCAGAGAGUUAUAAGUGGUUACAGCACAACGGUAAACGCAAUAAAUGUUUGACUCACAUGAAAACUUUCAAUAAAGACGGACGCAUGUUUUUGCUGGAAGAUGUGAAACCUGAUUUAUUGAAAAGGUGGAAAGAACAAACAGCUGAAAAAGCUGUAAAUUACAGCAUACACAUAACAAUGAAUCUCCCAGCUAUGGCGGUGGAAUUUCUUGAUGCUUUUCGUGGUUUCUUAAACGACGAUGAAGCGAAUGAAUUUUCGAAGCAACAGUUGAAUUUUCCAACUGUGCACGUUUACUGCUUCGCAAAAGGCGAUGAUACGAAAACAUUGGCGCGCGCUUUGGUAGAAGAUAAUUUGGGCUUACCACUAACAGACAACCUAGAAGGUAUAUAUUUCGUGCGCAAUGUGGCGCCAAAUAAGGACAUGUACAGAGUGUCCUUUCGACUCACAAAUGAAAUUUUGACAACGCCGAUUGUCAAAACGACUGUUGAACAAAUUCAGCGCAAACGUGUUGCCUCCGAAUUAGAAGAAGAUUCAAAAAUUGUCAACAAAGUAAAAUGCAAUUAAAAUUUACUUAAUUUUAAGCAUAAACUGAAUAAAUAUUUGUAUAAAUUUAAUCUAAGUGGCGAGACUUUCAUUUCUACUAGAAUUGAAAAUGGGACGCAAAUCAAAGACAGCUGCUGGUAAAAAAGGUGCUGCUAAGGCUGCCAUCAACAAGUCUAAGAAGGACAAAAAUAUAUUUAAAGUCAACGAUGCUAAAAAUAAGAAGAAACCAAAGGAGGUGCAAGGAAAAUUGAAAAAGAUCAAGGAGGUGGUCAAGAAUAAGCAGGAGAAAAUCGAUGCAAACUUGAAGGAGUUGCAUAAGGAUAUGGUCGUGAAGAAACCAAAGGUCGCCGCCAAUAAUGUCUCGAUUAAGAAAAAUAAAAAGGCACCGGCCAAUACAAAUAACGUUUCCCUAAAACUAGACAAUUUGAAAUUUUAAAAAACGUUAAUCCAUAUCAAAGCGAGAAAUGCCUUGCUGUUUGAUGUGUCGCUAAAGCAACGAAAUUUAGGCAAUUAGUCAAAUAGUUGUUGAUGUAUCACUCACUAAGGCAUUUUAGUUCCAUGUUUUAUUAUGAAUCCUUCUAUAUAACAUAUAUGUACUUAUAUAUUAUAAGUAUUGAGCGAGUUUUGUUUGAUAAGAUCUAGCAUAUUUUAUAGAAACUCGGAAUUAACACGCGUGUAUACAUACUUAUAAAGUAAUGUUGAAACAUUGCAAUACAGCGAUUAAUACAUGAUUAAACUAAAUAUAUAUGACGUAUUCCCACAAAAAA